AUGAUGGGUCGGAGAUUAUUGGUUUGUGUCGGAGCUCUGUUUCUGAUUUUGUUCACAGUUUUGCCAUCGUCUAGAGCUUUGAUUUCGUCUCCUCAAGCUAAUCCUCCUUACCCUAAAGCCAUCUCGGAUUUGAAGGAAGCAAUUGUGAAAGGUCUUGGAUUUCAGUCCGAGGAAGUCAAGAUUUCUGGGUUUGAUGUUAGGGAUGCAUUAGUAGGUCAUGCUGUUUCAUAUGAAUUUGAUCUAGAUAUCGACAACAAAGUUCUUCCGUUUAAGCUUCUAGAAGAUGUGAAUCGAUGGGAAUACGUGGAUCUUCCCAUUUUCCAAGUAGAACAACCCAUUGGAUCCAUAGAUGAGAAUGGUUUGGUUCCUUUGAAGAAGAAGAAGAAAUCUAGUGAUGUAUUACCUGUUUUAGCUCCGUUUCAACUUGCUGGUCCUAUGGAACUUUGGAUCCAAGAUGCAAACAAUAUGCGCCUUUCGUUACCUUAUGAUGUGGAUGCUGGUGUUUUGAAGAAGGUGAUAUUAGCUGAUGGUGCUGUUGUAACAGUGAAAGGAGCUAGAUCAGUUAGUUUGCGCCAUCCGAUUGAUUUGCCACUUCCGUUAAACCAAAGCUCUAAUGAAUUUGCCUCUGGACUUCUCUCUUUAGCUGAGCAGCUUCGACGUGCUUCGAAUGAUCAAGAAACUCCGCUUCUUUCGCUUCGUAUUGUUGGUCCUACUUCUCUUGCAACAACUUCACAAUCACCUGACAACAAACUUAAGCUUAAGCGUCUUGCGCCUGGACUCGUGGAACUAUCUUCCAUGUCUAAAUACAAAAGUAGUAGUGUCUCCACUACUACUGUUCUUACCCCAAGAGAGUUCACAACCAUGUGGCCAGUCACUUCAAUCAAUGGCUCAAAUGCUAAUUUAAUCGGCUUUGAGAAGCUAUUGACCUCUGUUUUGGGUCCCAAGUCUCAGGAAAAGGGUUCCUUUAAGGUGUUAAAAGUGGAUGUCGCGGCUCAAACGUUUAUGAAGAUUGGUUUCGGUGUAGAGAAGAAGCUGAAGGAAAGUGAUCUUGAAGGUUUAAACUUCCCGGCAUGGCGAACUAAACCCGAGACAAUGAGAAUGCAUUUUGAGGUUCUUGCUAAAGUUGAUGGAGAGAAGGUUAUACCAGAGAACGUAAUGCGAGUUGAUGAUCUGAUACAAUUGGAGGAUACGAUUGCGCAAAAUGUGCUUACCGGAAAUGAAACAAUGUCGAAACUUCCAAUCUUUCAGCCUCCUCCAAGCCCUUUCACUUUGUAA